CUGUGCGCCACGUCCGGCCGGAAUUCCACCGGACCCGCAGUCCCGCUGAGCGCCCGACUCGGCUAGUGACGUCACUUCCGACCUGUCUUUGAGUUCACCUGGCAUCCUGAUGCGCUCCAGAUCUUGCUUGUCGGAUUUUAUUUCGCCGGUUUGCUUCUCCGCCUGUGUAUCUAGCCUGGAAAUGUGCAUGUUAUCUUUUUGCAAACUUCUUUAGCCUUCUUUUCGGCAGCCACUUCCCUCUGCUCCUUCUGUAGCUUGGACUCAUCACUGGUCAAAUUCACCUGGCCUCUUGGAGAAAUCAUGAUUGUUACUGUGAUUUUUCUUAUUUAUCUACCUAGUGGAGUGCUAAGAGUGCAGGCAGUGAGGUUGUGCUAUCUGGUUUCAAGUGCUGCCUCUCACUUCUAACAGUGUUACCUGGGCGUGUUACUUAACCUCUCUGUGCCCACUUCAAGUGUGAAACAUAAUACUAGUACCUAGAAAAUAGGACGAUUGUAUUACUUGAGAUAAUACAUGGAAAACACUGGCAUAUUGAAAGCAUUCGAUGAGUGUUAACCAUUACUUUUUGCACUACUAUGCACUCUUAUUCCCUGUUGGAACAUACCUGUGCUUAAGGACAACUGGAACCAGAUUUCCUGCUACCCUUUAUGUCCCCCCUACUUUUUUUUUAUUUUUACGGAUACUCGGCUUUUAAUUAAUUGAUGAUGCCUGGCACCCUCUUCGGAACUGUGAGCCCCUCCAGACAAAGUUGGAAUCUUAUAUAGAAAACAACUUUAACCCUGCCGGAAAUAACCUGCUUAGUUAUUGUGCUAGUUAAUGGGGGAAAGUUGAAUAAAACCCAGGCCCUACCCUCAAGAACGUGGAGAUACUCAAUAAAUGAUAGCGGGAGGAAGGAAGUCAACCCAGGAAAAAGCAGAAGGGACCAGCUGAGCUGAAGAUUUAUCUUUGCCCAAAAAUUUCGCAGAAUGACAGAACUGAAAGGAACUUUUAGAGGCAAUCACUUAGUCAACCUCUUGCUGUUACAGUACGACUUUACUCCGUGACAUAAAAGAAGGACUACAGAAAGCUGUAAUAGACCAUACAAUAAAAGCCAUUGUGAUUUGUGGAGCAGAGGGCAAAUUUUCUGCAGGUGCUGAUAUUCGUGGCUUCAGUGCUCCUAGGACAUUUGGCCUUACACUGGGACAUGUAGUAGAUGAAAUACAGAGAAAUGAGAAGCCCGUGGUGGCAGCAAUCCAAGGCAUGGCUUUCGGAGGGGGACUAGAGCUGGCCCUGGGCUGUCACUAUAGGAUUGCCCACGCAGAGGCUCAAGUUGGCUUACCAGAAGUUACACUGGGACUUCUCCCUGGUGCAAGAGGAACCCAGCUUCUCCCCAGACUCACUGGAGUUCCUGCUUCACUUGACUUAAUUACCUCAGGAAGACGUAUUUUAGCAGAUGAAGCACUCAAGCUGGGCAUUCUAGAUAAAGUUGUAAACUCAGACCCGGUUGAAGAAGCAAUCAGAUUUGCUCAGAGAGUUUCAGAUCAACCUCUAGAAUCCCGUAGACUCUGCAACAAGCCAAUUCAGAGCUUGCCCAACAUGGACAGCAUUUUUAGUGAGGCCCUCUUGAAGAUGCGGAGGCAGCACCCUGGGUGUCUUGCACAGGAGGCUUGUGUCCGUGCAGUCCAGGCUGCUGUGCAGUAUCCCUAUGAAGUGGGCAUCAAGAAGGAGGAGGAGCUGUUUCUAUAUCUUUUGCAAUCAGGGCAGGCUAGAGCCCUGCAAUAUGCUUUCUUCGCUGAAAGGAAAGCAAAUAAGUGGUCAACUCCCUCCGGAGCAUCGUGGAAAACAGCAUCAGCGCGGCCUGUCUCCUCAGUUGGUGUUGUUGGCUUGGGAACAAUGGGCCGAGGCAUUGUCAUUUCUUUUGCGAGGGCCAGGAUUCCUGUGAUUGCUGUAGACUCGGACAAAAACCAGCUAGCAACUGCAAACAAGAUGAUAACCUCUGUCUUGGAAAAAGAAGCCUCCAAAAUGCAACAGAGCGGCCACCCUUGGUCAGGACCAAAACCCAGGUUAACUUCAUCUAUGAAGGAGCUUGGUGGUGUAGAUUUAGUCAUUGAAGCAGUAUUUGAGGAAAUGAGCCUGAAGAAGCAGGUCUUUGCUGAACUCUCAGCUGUGUGCAAACCAGAAGCAUUUUUGUGCACUAAUACUUCAGCCCUGGAUGUUGAUGAGAUUGCUUCUUCCACUGAUCGUCCUCACUUGGUCAUUGGCACCCACUUCUUUUCGCCAGCUCAUGUCAUGAAGUUGUUAGAGGUUAUUCCCAGCCAAUACUCUUCCCCCACUACCAUUGCCACUGUUAUGAACUUAUCAAAAAAGAUUAAAAAGAUUGGAGUCGUUGUAGGCAACUGUUUUGGAUUUGUGGGGAAUCGAAUGUUGAAUCCUUAUUACAAUCAGGCAUAUUUCUUGUUAGAAGAAGGCAGCAAACCAGAGGAGGUAGAUCAGGUGCUGGAAGAGUUUGGUUUUAAAAUGGGGCCUUUUAGAGUGUCUGAUCUUGCUGGGUUGGAUGUGGGCUGGAAAUCUAGAAAGGGGCAAGGUCUUACUGGACCUACAUUGCCUCCAGGAACUCCUGCCCGAAAAAGGGGUAAUAGGAGGUACUGCCCAAUUCCUGAUGUGCUCUGUGAAUUAGGACGAUUUGGCCAGAAGACAGGUAAGGGUUGGUAUCAAUAUGACAAGCCAUUGGGUAGGAUUCACAAACCUGAUCCCUGGCUUUCCAAAUUCCUAUCACAGUAUAGAGAAACCCAUCACAUUGAACCACGUACCAUUAGCCAGGAUGAGAUCCUCGAGCGCUGCUUAUAUUCACUUAUCAAUGAAGCAUUCCGUAUCUUGGGAGAAGGGAUAGCUGCUAGCCCAGAGCACAUUGAUGUUGUCUAUUUACAUGGAUAUGGAUGGCCAAGGCACAAGGGCGGGCCCAUGUUCUAUGCUUCCACAGUUGGGUUGCCCACAGUUCUAGAGAAAUUGCAGAAAUAUUACAGGCAGAACCCUGAUAUUCCCCAACUGGAGCCAAGUGACUAUCUAAAAAAACUGGCUUCUCAGGGAAACCCUCCCCUGAAAGAAUGGCAAAGCUUGGCAGGCUCCCCUAGCAGUAAAUUGUGAUUCAGUCUUCCAGAUUAUGCCUCACAUGCUAGCAUCAGGUAAUGCUGACUGAAUUUCAGUGAAAUUAAAUCAAAAAUCCAAAGUAAGAUUGUUCUGAAAUACAAAGCAAAAUAAAUAAUCAUUAGAAUCUUCUGUGUGACGACUCUAAUGGUCAAAUCUUUAGGAAUGUGCUUCCUAUGCCUCUGAAUCUGUCCUUAUCAGAUAAAUUCAAUGCAUGAACUUGUGUGAAUGCAAUACCAUAAUAGCUAAUGAAAGAGGCUCAGGCAUAAGUUGAGAUUCUCAAAUGCUUUUAUCAUUGGAUAAAUGUGUCAUCAAUUAAUAAAUGAUAAAUGCAGCUAAGUCAUACAUUCAUUUUGACUCCUUUCAAUGUCACACACAUAGUAUUGAUCAGAAAUCUUAUGAAUCAUACAUACACUCAACAAACAUUAAAGUUGUAGGAAAAAGACAGUUGGAAAUUGGUAAGGGAACUGAGUACUUCAAACCAGCACAGGGAACUCAGGUUAGUGUGGCAAGCCUUUCCUCUUCUGGUCUUUCCUCUUCUGUUUAUGGAGAAAUAACAGAAAGUAGUAAGUCGUUAACUUAGUAUAAGAAGGGUCUUAGAGAACAUCUAACCUUCUAGGAUUUCCCAAUUCUGUGAUAGAGUAAUGACACCAGUUUCCCUGUCAUGACAAGCCUCUGUGAUGUUACAUAUGGAAAUGGUUGAAUCUUGAAAAAUCUAAAAUUGUUGCAAAACAUAUUUUGUAUGAUUUUGUUGUAAGAGUUCUUCUCUUUUUACUUUUUGCCUUGUGUAGUUAAAAAUUAAGGGGCUGGUCAAUACAAAAACUUGUACACAAAUAUUUAUAGCAGAAUUAUUCAUAAUGGCCAAAAGCUGGAUACAACCCAAAUGUCUAUGAACUAAUGAAUAGAUAAACCAAAUCUGGUAUAUCCUUACAAUGGACUAUUAUUCAGCCAUAAAAAGAAAUAAAGGGCCAGGCACAGUGGCUCACACCUGUAAUCCCAGCACUUUGGGAGGCUGAGGCAGGAGGAUUGUUUGAGGCCAGAAAUUUGAGACCAGCCUGGGCAACAUAGCAAAACCCUGUCUCUACAAAAAAUACUUUCCGUACAUUAGUGGUUGCCUAAGGCUAGAAUUGGGGGUGAUGAAUGGGGAGUACAGGAUUCAUCUAAUGGGUACAGGAUUUCUUUAUGGUUCAUGAAAAUGGUCUAAACUUAUUGUGGUAAUGGUCACAUAACAAUAUAUUAAAAACCAUUGAGUUGUAUAUUUUAAGUGGGUGAAUUAUAUGGUAUGUGAAUUAUAUCUCAAUAAAGUUGUUAGUAAAUAAAUGGGGCUGAAGAUGUUAUCCUUCAUUGUGGUGUAAAUGAACUUUCACAAUAUUUUCACCUGUGAACCCAAAUAAAAUGAUGAAAGUUCUGAUGGAAAAAUCUUGAAUGAAUAGAGUAUAAGUUUUCCGUUGUUAAAAAGCAAACAAAAAACCAACAAAAAAUCCAAGUGUGCCUUGAAUUAUACAGAGCACAAUUAUUAUGUUUGAAAUGUGUACUACUUAAUUUUAUAUAAUUUGGUUUGUGAAAUUAAAGACAUCAAUAAAAGUGAUUCCUGAAAGUAGUAA